CCAACAAAGAGAGAACAUUAUUUUGUAUUUUGUGAAAAGAAAAAAUAUUUCAAUGGAGGAGGAUGAUGGGAAAAAAGUUUAUGCUUCUCCAACAUCGUCUCCUCCAACACCUCCCUCACCCCUCCCCAUCAGUGUAGGACCUGGCAACCAAAAGUACAUAUUUUCAGCGUCUCCGUCCCCCUCGCCGCCUUUCUCUCCACCUCCGUCGAGCCACACGUCAGCUGAGAACCUCCCUCUUCUGCAUCACGAUCAGAAGUUCUCUAGCCCUCCACUGCCAUCUUCAGCAUUCUCCUUGGAUUAUCGGCGGCCCCCUGAGGAUUUGGAUUCCAGGAGCUCAUGCCUUGCAGACUUUGGGCAGAUAUCUGUAUUCAAAUUGUGCUCUUUAAGUCAUUGAUUUUUCACAUUCUGGGCAUGAUUUAUAUUUUCAUGAGCAAUUGUCAAAUUCUGUCGACUCUAUGCAGAGGAGCUUGAUAGGGGCUUUUGACUGGUAGGUUUUUUACUUUUUCCCCCCUUUUAAUUUGAGAAUCGAUUCAUGGUUACCACAUUGAUUCCUUUCUUUGAUCCUAUACCCACCAGUCAAAGUUGAGGAAACCCAGAACACAAACAAGAAUCCUUCAAAACCAACCAAAACAGACACUCUAAAUUGUACAAGGCUUUAAAUGAGUCCUAAAACCCACAGAAGAAAACCUACCCAUGAAUUGACUGGUAGUUAGGCAUGCAAUGCUAUGUCAACUUGUAUUUGCUUUGCUGUCCAAAUGUUAUAAAAAGUCAACCCCCUUCAACUG